AUGAAUGAUGAAGAGAAACGGGCAAGCAAAGAAGAUUGUGCCGAAUCCACAAAUGAACAGCCAAUGUUCCGCUAUCAUUUUAAGAAAGGAGAGCUUGCUGAAAAGUUGCAGGCGCUAGGCAAGGCCAUCAAUGGCAACAAAGCAGACCUUCAAAAGCGAUGCACCGACAACGGGAUUGCAAUCUCGGAAAUGCGUAUGAAGAUCAAACAAGGAUGGGAGAAUAAGCCGAAAGGAAUGUUGCAGGUCUUGUGGGAGCGUGGGUUCAUCGAUACAGCUGUGCCAAAGUCUGAACUUUGGAAGAAAUAUCCAGAAAAGGGUCAGAAAGACAACUUGGGGCUUGUAAUGCCAGGAACUGCGUUGAAAGAGAUGGUCGCCGACUUACCUGAUUUUCAAGAUGAAAAGACACUACUACAAUAUCAUGCUGAAGGCAGGAGUACGGCUGGUUGUCAAAUAAUGUUCAUCAGAAGUCCAAAGUGUCAUCCUGAAAUUGCUGGCGAAGGCAUUGAGUAUGAUUGGGCUGGAAUCAAGUCGUAUUAUCGUCGUUCGGACCUAGCAUCCAAGAAAACUCUGGAAGCAUUCAAAGCCUUGGUGAAAGAGAGCAUGGAGUCUGUCCAGUUCAAUCAUCGAGCGUCGUUCUCUGCAAGGGCCAGGGAGUACAUGCUGGCUUAUGAUGUCUUGGAGGAGUGGAACAACUUGCCCGAGGAGUUGAAGAAUGGGGACCCAGAGAAGGAAAAGUUGCCAAAGACUUCGGCGCAGUUUUUGGACAGGAUUGUGAAUUGUAGGUGGAAGAGACAUCGCGAUGUCGGAGCGGAUGAGGGGUGGGUGAAUCUGAUUAUGAAUGCGAUGAAGAAACGAGAAGUAAUUGUAAUAGACUGA